AUGAAUACGCGAAUGAAGAUAGUCGUACUAGAAUCUGUUGCAGUUGGACUGGCCAUAUCAUGUUUUUGCAUAAUGGGGGUAUAUAUGUACAAACACAACAACUCUAUGAAGAAGGUGCAGCCAUCCCAGCAACCCAGCAUUAUAUGUAAUAAUGCACAUGAAGAACAUGUAAUAGAAGACGCAUCAAAAGAAGAUUUGGAGAAGAAAAAAGACUCCAUUAAAGUGGAUGCUUCAGAUACAGCGAAUUUAAACAUUAUACGUAAUAAUUUUAUAAAUCAAGAGCUUGUUAAUAAGGAAACUGCAGCGGAAAAUAAAAGAAAAGAAAAGAUGCAAAAGGAAGCGAGAAAGAGACUAAAUGUUCAAGCACAAAAGGAAAAAAAAGAAGUAAAAAAACCAGUACAAAAGGCGGCAGAAGUCAUAGCAUCUUCUUCAAUUUUCCAAAAUAAUCUGAAUAAAUUUGAAUCAGCCAGCAAUUCCAAUAUAUCUCAGAGCGAGCUGAAGAAGUCAAAACUUAGAAAUGGCAUCAUGCAAACAUCUAGUAUAUCUGCAAAACCUCAGCAGGAUUCAGAUAUAGUUCAGAAUUCUGAACAGGAGUUUGAUUCGCGCCAGCCCCUCAAUGACUCCCCACAGGAGUCUAACACACUUUUUUCCAUGGCAGAGUCUAACGCGUCUCCUCUUCUCCAGGAUGAGUCUGAACCAUAUUAUCACAAGAGUGGGUCUGAAUCAUCUUAUCACAAGAAUGGGCCUUAUGUAUCUAUUUCCGAACCCGAGUCUAACAUACUAGAUCCUGUGAAGAAGUCUAACACAUCUCUUAUUGUGGGGGAGUCUAAUACAUCUAUUUCCGAGAAGAAAGAUAAUUUACAAUAUUCUGUGAAGGAACAUAAUAUACCACAUCCUCCUAAUACGAAAUAUGUUCCAGCUACUAUAAUGAAGGAAACUACAAUACCCAUGAUCGCAUAUAGCACACCUAUUUUCGAACCCAAUUCUAACAUACAAUAUUCUGUGAAGGAGUCUAGCACAUCUCUUAUUAAGGAGGAGUCUAAAAUGCCUCUUAUUGAGGAGGAGCCUUAUAUAUUCCAGAAUCAUGAUGAUUCUACUAAACAAGUCAAUAUGCCUCAGAAUCUCCAGCAGAGUUCAAAUAUACUUCAGAAAUCCAGCGAUUUACCACAACAAUUUGAUGUAUCCAAGACUUAUGAGCGGGAGCCUAGUCUAUCCCAAAAUCUAGAGAUGAAGUCUAACACAUCCAUAGAUUUCAAAAAGAGUUCAACUUCAUCUCUAGAUUUCGAAAGAAGGCCCGAUCUAUCCCUAGAUUUUAAAGAUAAGACUAACCCAUCGCAGAAUCACACAGAGAGUCUCAAUUUAUCCCGCGACUCCAAGCAGGUUCUUGGCAUAUCCCAAAAUACUGAAAAAGAAUUAGUAGAUGAUAAAGAUAUAGAGAAAACGGAAGAAGAUUCUAAAGGUACUGAGAAAGAAUUAGUAGAUUCUAAAGAUAUAGAAAAAGAAGUAGUAGAUGUCUAA